AUGAUGCGCCCACGGCCUGCGUCUUCCUUACAGAAGACGUACGACGAUUGCUAUCUCGCAUGCUCCACUGCCGUGUACUUUGAGGGUCAAAACAAUGAAGAGGAAGCAUUGCGGUCCUGGAGAUCUGCCCUCGAGACAAUCUACCAUCACAAUGCCCGCCGUGUAACGCCGAACUAUACCCCGAAAUCCGAAACAGAGAGAGCCCUACAGGACUCCAUCCGGGCGCUAGAGAUUCAAUGCCGAGAACGGGUCGAUCUACUGAGCGCUCUCCAAGCAAGCAGGAAAGAAUCCGCAGAGGCAAAUGGCAGUAAAGAGAAGGCUACCCUCGUCAAGGGCAAGUCUGUCCCCAGCAUGUCGUCGCCAUCGCCUUCCAACACUCCAGGCUGGAUUGGUGAUGGAACAAUUCCUGCUGUGGGCUACACCGACCUUUCCAAACCAGCCGCCAUACCCGGCCGCCCUGCGCUGUCGACGAAACAAAGCCAUGAGUCGCCACCUGGUUCUGACGAUGCUGGUCCUGCGACCCCAUCAGCGGCUGGUACACCUGCACUCCGUGUGGACUCGAACUCUUCGGACAGGACGAAGUCGCGUGGAUCCAGUCCCGAUCGCCGGAAACCCAUGCUGACAACUCUGCGCAGCAGCGAUGCCAAGAAGAAUGCGAAGAAAAUUAAGAUAGCAUCAAAGAAAAAGGAUUUGAGGCCUGCUGCCUCCACGGCUGCGGGCCUAGCAUGGGGUAGCAUCUAUCGUCCCGCCUCGGGUGAAAAGCCUGUUAGCGAUGCGGCCCUGGUCUCAUCCCGGCAGAGCGCUGCUGCCCAUGAUCUCACUCAUCGCCGAGAGUUAGAACCAAGACCCAGUUCUAGGGAUGAGUCUCGACAAGCGAGAACCCGCACUUCUCGAGACCGCCUAACCGGGGACCCAAGUCCUGCUGCCCAUUUGCGAGAGCCUCCUCGUUCGUCCCCGAAAAGAUCCUCACCCAGACCGUCUACUCAGUCUCCCAGACCGUCCACCCAGUCUCCCAGAUCGUCUACUCAGUCACGUAGUCCACUGCCGCCGCGGGCGCCUCGACCUCCACCUGACAGCCCUAAAAUACAACAGUCCCAUCCAAUGUCCAUGCCGAACCCGGAUGACUUCACGACACCUAAACCAUCCAUCAAACCCAAACCUGUGGCCUUGCGAACUUCCCAUGAACCCACUAGCCAUCCAAUGCAAAACACCAAGUCCGAGAAUUCUUCGAAUACUUCUAGGACUCUGACACCUCGGCUUGGCCGCGAAGCAAAUUCCUCCAAUGAUAUGCCGCGGACAAAAUCUGCACCUAGACCUCCCAAUAUUGGGGAAAGUGCCCGCGGUUCUCCAUCAUCCGCGAGCGGUGACGACUUUCAUCGCGGUGUGGGCCGGCUGGCUAUAUCUCAAGCGCACAACGAUAGUCCAAUACGGCGCAAAGCCCCACCAGCCCAGCAGCUACCAGUCCAACAGCGAGAGACACCACUGUCAAGCGAUCAUGAGUCUUCAGAUCAGCGGACCACAGCAAGUGAGACAGGUGACGAAGAUGAGGAAGAAGACAGUGAACUCUUGAAGAUCAUGGAAAAAUUGCCCAGGGGCGUGGAUCCCCAGUCGGCAAAGCAAAUCCUGAAUGACAUCGUAGUACGCGGUGACGAAGUACACUGGGAUGACAUAGCAGGCUUAGAAGGAGCCAAAAAGGCCCUCAAAGAAGCAGUAGUCUAUCCAUUCCUUCGUCCAGACCUAUUCUCCGGUCUUCGCGAGCCAGCUCGCGGAAUGCUCCUCUUUGGCCCUCCAGGCACAGGCAAAACCAUGCUUGCACGAGCAGUAGCCACAGAAUCAAGGUCAACCUUUUUUUCCAUCUCCGCAUCGAGCCUAACGUCCAAAUGGCACGGCGAAAGCGAGAAGCUUGUGCGGGCUCUCUUCGGGCUUGCUAAAGCCCUCGCUCCAUCCAUCAUCUUCGUCGAUGAGAUCGACUCCCUCCUUUCUGCCCGAUCAUCCGGCUCAGAACACGAGGCCUCCCGUCGCUCUAAGACCGAAUUCCUGGUUCAAUGGUCUGACCUCCAGCGGGCAGCUGCCGGCCGCGAACAAUCAAGUCGCGAAAAGAAAGAGGGCGAUGCUAGUCGUGUACUCGUCUUAGCUGCGACCAAUAUGCCUUGGGAUAUCGACGAGGCUGCACGUCGCCGCUUCGUCCGUCGCCAGUACAUCCCCUUGCCAGAGCACCAUGUCCGCGAGCAGCAGAUACGCAAGCUUCUCAGUCACCAGCACCACGAGCUAAGCGAUACUGAUAUCCAGGCUCUGGUACAGGUGACAGAAGGCUUCUCCGGCUCAGACAUAACAGCUCUCGCCAAAGAUGCGGCCAUGGGCCCUCUACGUAAUCUGGGCGAGGCCCUCUUACACACACCCAUGGACCAGAUCCGCCCCAUUAUAUUCCAGGACUUUGAGGCAAGUUUGUGUUCCAUCAGACCUAGUGUAUCCCCCGAUGGACUGAAGAAAUAUGAAGAUUGGGCUCGAGAAUUUGGUGAACGAGGCGGAUAG